CUCCUCAAGUCCAUGAGGAAUCCUGGAGAUGCUCACUUUGAGCCGACCAUAGUCGUGUCCGUCGACGACCUUCCCAGCCGUCUUCCCAAAUCAGUCAACAACCUUGUCCUGCAGCCCUUCAUCCGCUGGGCCCGGAAAACAGCCCGGUAUGAGACGGACGUGGUGAUGAUUGUGCAUCUCCUACUGUAUUUCACGACUUCGGUGCCAAGUGCAGUUCUCCUGUUCCGGAACUUCAAUUUCAUCCACGGAAUUCUCCAUGCCGUCAUGCAAGUGUACUAUGUCGGCACCUACACUCUCAUGAUGCACCAGCACAUCCACCAGCGGGGGAUUUUGUCAAAGAAGUACUCGGCGUUUGACAAGCUGUUUCCAUACGUCACGGAUCCGUUGAUGGGACACACGUGGAACUCAUACUUUUACCACCACGUCAAGCACCACCACAUCGAGGGCAACGGCCCGGACGACUUGUCCUCGACGAUCCGCUACCAACGAGACGACAUCUUCCACUUUCUGCACUAUGUGGGACGUUUCUUCUGUCUCGUCUGGCUGGACCUCCCGCUGUACUUCUUCCGAAAGGGACGCUGGGGGUUGGCGCUGCGUGCGGCAGGGUGGGAGUUUGGAACCUACUUCUUCUACUAUGCCAUGGCGACCUAUGUGAACAGGAAAGCCACUAUCUUCGUGUACAUCAUUCCUUUUCUGCUGCUUAGACUGGGAUUGAUGGCGGGCAAUUGGGGUCAGCAUGCUUUGGUCGAUCCCGAUGAGCCAGACUCGGACUAUCGAUCAAGCAUCACCUUGGUAGACGUUGCUAGCAACCGCUUCUGCUUCAACGAUGGCUAUCACACCUCUCACCAUCUCAAUCCGCUUAGGCAUUGGCGCGAGCAUCCCGUCUCCUUUCUGGAGCAGCGCAAAACCUACGGCAAAGAGGGAGCAAUCUUGUUUCACAACAUUGACUUCCUCAUGAUCACCUUCCGGCUGCUGGCCAAAGAUUACGAGCAUCUUGCCAAGUGCAUGGUGCCGCUGGGAGCGCAGGCGGAUCUCACCAUGGAGGGGCGAGUUGAGCUUCUGAAGCGCUUGACGCGCAAGUUCUCCGAGGAAGAUAUCCGGAAGAAGUUCAAGAAACAAGCUUGA